UCGACGACCUGAUCAACCGAUCAACCAUCUCGGAUCUCAACUACGCAACUACCCAGUCGACAUGUCGUCAUAGUGUUCUCUGCACCUGAUCAUACACCUAGUAUACUUUUACCGAACCCAUCCUACCAUGCCUUCAUUCCGCUUGGCUGCCAUCUCACUGUCCGAGCUGACACCUCGGAUACCUUACACUCGAGGUGUCUUGCACCAUGCUCGACCCGCCAGAAAACCCGCGUUUCCAUCCCCGCUGGAUCCCGUGCAACCUAAACCUACCGCCGGGACUUCGACUCCCCGUACCAACCCUUCCUCCUCCUCCUCUUCUUCUUCUUCAUCGUCAUCCUCGUCUGCAUCUCCCGCAUCAAUCUAUCAGAAGGCAUCGACGAGAUUGGAAGAUAGCGGUCUCGAAUUCCAUCACGCUCCUCCUCCUUCUGCACCGACCUAUACGACGGGGACCAUCCCGGACGUCCUCCGUUGGGCUCAAGGCUCGAGCGAUGUGAGGAGGAGUGCCCAGGCGGGAGCUCCUUUGGUCAGGCAGAAAAAGACGGUCGGGAAUGGGUCACAUGAUUUGGGGUUGAGCCAGGAGGUCGUACAAGAGAUCGCUAGGUUGAGGCUGGAGGAUCCGAUUAAGUGGAGUAGAAAGGCACUCUGUCAAAAGUUCGAUAUCCCUCAAACCCAAUCAUACCUCCUCGCCCGUCUCGCCCCUACUCCCGAAUCACAUCGAACACGACUAGCGGAAGAACUCAAGGCAAAGAAGGACCGAUGGGGAUUCAACAAGAGCGUAUCGAGGGAAGCGAGGCAGUUGAGGAAGGGGUUGUGGUGAGAGACGGAAAUGACGAUCGACGGUGUGUCUCAUACGGGAGGAUAUAUUGUAGCAGGGUAUGAGGCAUGUCGUCUUUAUGCAUGGGGCUACGACUAGUGAGCGAGAGGCACCUCGGUCACGAGACCACACGAGCAGGAAUCGGAUGAAGCCCGGAUUUGAGCUGGUGAAAGAAGAGCUCCUUCGAUCGAUUUCGAGCUUUAUGCGAGAUCAUACUGACUCUCUUUCGCAGACUAUCCUGCCUCUUCUCGAGGCCUACAUCAGCUCCUCUCCGUGGAUCAUCCCACUUUCGCCUCUUCAGGUGUAUCGCGGCUCAGAUCCUGCGGGGAGCGGGAAGAAACCCUCUCACAUAACCAUUUACCUCACCUAUUGAGGUACAUGCCAUCAUGAUCCAUCACAAAUGCCAGACUGUAUGGAUGUCACCGCCUGACCAAGCAUAACGAACGCUCCCUGUAUUUGCUCGGACG